AUGAUGGUUCCCAGUGAGUCGCAGAAGGCGCUUGGAUGGCGAAACUGGGCAAACCUGGUCGCCUACCUCGUGAACCUUGCCACGACCUAUGGAUCAUUGACAGGCAUCUUCGGCCAGACCAACACAGAGCUCUCGGCGAAGUAUCAGACGUUAGUCACACCGGCGGGGUACGCCUUCUCCAUUUGGGGUCCAAUCUUCAUUUGGGAAGGAGUCUUCGCAAUGGCGCAAAUGUUUGGAAAGUAUCGCAGUAACAAUGUGAUCACCUUCAUGACUCCUUUCUGGAUCUCAGCCUGUGUGUUUCAAUGCGCUUGGACACUAGCUUUUGCACAAGAAGAGAUUUUCAUCGCCUUCCUGUGCAUGCUGGGCAUCCUGAUCUCGCUUUUAGCUGGGAUGUACCGGACAGACCUGCACCAGUACACCAUCCCAGAAUUUUGGCUCCUGCGAGCGCCCUUUUCUCUCCAUGCCGGCUGGAUCAUUGCCGCCAGCGCCGUGAACCUGUGCGUCUUCGCGGACCGGCUUCGAGCCUCGCCCGAGGUGAUGCUCUCAUUAGCGAUGUUGUCCUUCGUGGCCAUCGGCAGCAUGGUGUCUCUCGCGACCUUUGCAUUUCCACGAGCUGAUGCAAUCAUCGGCUUGGUGGCCUUCUGGGCUUUGACGGGAGUGCAGGCGGAGCUCGCAGAAGCCAGGAACUUGAAGCAACCCACACGCUUCAACUUCUAUGACUGGCCCCAAAUGGAUCUGCGAGCUGUUCGCCUUUGCGCCUUGGUCUUGAGCCUUACUUGCUUGGUUCUUGCAGUGGUCGCAACACUGAGGCGCUUAUUUAAGCCCAAGGUGGCGACAUAUUUCGACAUGGAUCAAGCCUUGAGGGUUUGA